AUCUAUGUUGUGUCAAUCACCAUUCGUAUUGUGUUUGGUUUCAUGUUCAUUGCGUUGAUCUGGAAGUUUGAUUUUGCACCCUUCAUGGUGUUGAUUAUCGCCAUACUGAAUGAUGGUACCAUUAUGACAAUAUCCAAGGAUAGAGUGAAACCAUCUCCACUACCAGACAGUUGGAAACUGAAAGAGAUAUUUGCUACCGGUGUUAGUCUCUGCUGUCUCUUUGAAAACAUCGAGUGAUGAUGUCCCUGCUGCCAUGUCAGAAGCCAAAGAUGCUGAUAAGAAGAUAGGAACUUUUCAAUCUAAGAACACAAGUGAAUCAUUUGACGUAUCUCAUCAAAAGUACCAUGAAAAAGGUGCUUAUGUACAAUCCAAAUCCCAACCUGGAAGACCCUCGAAGAGUAUUGAUAAUUUAGAAAAUAGCGGUCGGUUGAAAGAAAAAAAUGGUAUGCGUCAACUUCCGGAUCUUAACCUGUCUGUGGGAAAGUCUGCUACUAAAGCAGCAAAAUCUGAAUACAUGCACAGGAAAGAUGGGUCUAGUGCUAGGCCAAAAUCUUCAAUGCUUGAGAAGACUCUGUGCGAGUUAGAGAAAAUGGUUGCAGAGUCAAGGCCCCCUGCAGCGGACCAGGAGGCCGAUAAUACAUCCCAGGCAGUCAAAAGGAGGUUGCCUAGGGAAAUAAAGCUAAAGCUUGCUAAAGUGGCUAGACUAGCGGCCAGCCAUGGGAAAGUAUCAAAAGAGUUGAUUAACCGCCUUAUGAGUAUUCUUGGGCACUUAAUGCAACUCAGAACAUUAAAGGUAUUGCAUAUGCUAAAUAUAAACAGAUAACCCUUCAGUCUCAGUUGUGCCCAAUUCCAACUUCUGUCUCCCCCUGCCCCUCUUCCAGCUGAUAUAUACUAUUACAGUCCAGAAAUUAUUGGUGUUAAGAUUUGAGCAUGCCUGUUUUUUUCUGAAAUCCCCUGUCCAGAGUUGCUGCAUUAUAUACAACUUUUUUAGUUUAAUUGUUGGAAUGUGAUUUU